CCGAGUAUCCUCAGACCCGGUGGCGGCGCCCCCAAUAUUACUCCACCUCUCUGGUUUCUCUCCUUCGCCAUCUCUCUCGUUCUCUCUCUACUAUUCACCUUCUCCGCUCUUUUCACCGGCUCUUCAUAGCAGUUCAGCGGCUUCCUCACUCCACCACAAGAAACCGAAAUCCGACUGAGUUUCACUUCAUCUCAACUUCUUCUUCUUUUCCUUUCUAAUCUUUCGAAAGCACCGAAGGAAGACCAUGGAAAUAGACAGAGAUGACGGUCGCACCCCCAACCAGUUGAGACCACUUGCUUGUUCUUGCAACGUUCUUAAUCGUGCUCAUGGCUCCGCCAGUUGGUCGCAAGGCGAUACGAAGGUUCUUGCUGCGGUCUAUGGACCUAAAGCGGGUACGAAGAAAAAUGAAAAUCCUGAGAAGGCUUCAAUUGAGGUUAUAUGGAAACCCAAGACAGGGCAGAUUGGAAAACUUGAAAGGGAGUGUGAGAUGAUAUUAAAGCGAACGUUGCAGAGUAUUUGCAUAUUAACUACUAAUCCUAAUACCACCACAUCUAUUAUUGUUCAGGUUAUUCAUGAUGAUGGAGCUCUUCUUCCUUGUGCUAUUAAUGCAUCAUGUGCUGCCCUUGUAGAUGCUGGAAUUCCUUUAAAGCAUCUUGCUGUUGCGAUUUCCUGUUGUUUGUCUGAGAGUGGAUAUGUUAUUUUGGAUCCGACCAAGCUAGAGGAGCAGAAAAUGAAGGCAUUUGUACAUUUGGUCUUCCCAAACUCACCUGUCUCAGUAGUUCCUGAAGGAUCUAGACAAGUUGUAGAUGAACCACUGGAGCAUGGAAUAAUCACAUCUGUAACUCAGGGUUCAAUGUCAGUGGAUGAUUAUAUUCUCUGUCUGGAACGGGGGUGUGCUGCUUCUGCAAAAAUGUCUGCUUUUUUGAGGAGAAGCUUGCAGCCUCAACUCCCAACGGAUUCCUCAAAAGCUGGCUGAUCGGAUGCAAGUUCUUGGAGUAAUGUGUUCUACGAUUAAAUCAGGCUGGGAAGGUACCGUCUAUUGUAUGAUUUAUUUUUCUGUAACACCAAAUCCAUGCUGGUUGAGUCUUUCAGGGCUUUUUGUAACCCAGUGCUAUAACAGAGCAUGGGUCAAAGUGGAUUUGAUUGGUGCAUUGUACGUUAACAUUUUUUCCCCUUUUAUUGGAAUGCAAUUUAUUACAUAUUCCAAAUUUAAAA